AAUGAAAUAACACUGUCAAAGCACACAAAAAUAUGCCACUGAGUUGUAUUCACAGCUUCUGUUUUUUUCUGUGCCCCAUUGCUAUAACCGCCAAAGGGAAACAGGUUUGCAAGGAGAAGGCAUGAGUGUCGCAGCCAUUGAAAAUUUUGUCUGUGUGAUAUAUAAUAUUUCCUUCAUGAACUGCACUUGGCAUGUGGACAGGAACGCUUCAGGAGAUGUUCAGUAUUUCCUCUACUGGAAGACCUCAAGGAAAGAAGAUUACGUCAGAUGCCAAAAUUACAUUGAAGAUAAUUGUGGAAGACACACAGGAUGCAGAUUCCAAAAUGUGACAAUAAAAGGGAGUAGGAAAGCUUAUUUCCUGGUGAAUGAGUCUAGAAAUGGACAAAAUAUUUUGCCCUACAUAACAGUAAUUUAUCUGUACAAAAUUGAGAAGCUCACCCCUCCAUUAAAUGUAACUGUGAACUGUACAGGAGUUUAUCACAGUUGUGAAAUUCAGUGGCAACGACCUCAUACAAGUCAUGUGGACAGAGACAUUUGUUUCAAAUAUGAAAUUGUCAUAGAAAACAAGGCUGAUCCUGAGGAGAGAAUGAAAGACACAUCUAAGAUGGAAAGAAUCAUCACAGGAAAUUCCUAUAUAUUUGAAAGCUUCAAUGCAAAUAAAAGGUACACCGUCAAAAUCAGAGCUACUAACAAUGACUGCUUAGUGAGCGAAAACUGGGGGGAGUGGAGUACACCUGUAGAGUUUGGAAGAGAACAACUGACAUCUACUUCAUCAUACACAUUACUUCUGAUAUCAGCAAUAGCAGCAAGUCUUGUACUUUUCAUCUGCAUCAUAACUAUUUAUUUGAAAACAGUACCUGCUAUUGUACUACAGCCAAAAGAUCCAUUCCAUGAUAUCUCUCCAGUGAAUUUCCAGACAGAGAAUCAAUUCAUUAAGCACGAAACUGAAGAAAUAACAAUUGUUGAAGAAGCAGCAUAAUGGCGUGCAAGAUAAGAGAGUUUUGUUUUUUCAUGCAAAUGAUUAUAUAUAUACUUGCUGGCAUUUAUUUACAGGUUUUUUAUAUCCUCCAUCUUGUAAACAGAGAUACAGCAUUGCCUGAUCAUGUCAGUCUUCUAUAGUCUGCCAUUAAAAAAAACCUCUGUAUAAUUUGCUUGGAAAUAAUAUAUUAUUUCUGUAAGUAUUUUGAGUUAUAUACUCCAACUAGUGGAAUACUCUAAAUAGUAAGGAGCAUUACUUGAAGUCUCCCUCCAGAAUAAAUACUGAAGAUCUCCUAUGCCUA